AUGGCAUGCCCCCGAAAACUGGCCUCCAAGAUCUUCUGUUCAUGCUGCCGAGACAUCGACGAGAUCUCUUCCACAGACUCCUCAAUCUCCUAUCAAAUGCAAGAUCAGCAAUCUGGUUUGCAGAACCGUACUAGUAAGUACACUAGUAAAGCCUCCAGCUUGCCUUUGAGACAAACCAUGAGUCAGUCAGAAAAGGACUCCUGGACUAGCAGCAGUGAAUUUAAUGAUGUUCCCCAAAGAGGUUUUCAAAAGAGAAACAUAGGCCACUACGCGCAGACUCAGUUCCCAUUCCAGUCGUGCCUCAUUGGGAGACGCUGA